CUUCGUUCCAGUCGCCGGCGCCAAAGCCGGCCGCCCCUACGUCGGGCAUGGCCUCCAGCCAAGCCGACGAAAGCUUCGUCUCCAACCCCAAGCAGUCUCAGGCCAACUUUGGGAGCGUGAGGCGCACCUUGACCAUCUUGAUUCUCGGAGAAACCGGUGUCGGAAAAUCCACGCUGAUCAAUGCGCUUGCAAACUAUCUCAUAUAUGAAGACUUGUUCACCAUCGGACCCGAUGAUGCGCUGACGCUGAUUCCGACCAGCUUCUUCCUGUACGAGCCCGGAGAGCUGAGCAAGCCCAUCGAAAUCAACGCCACAACCAACGAAGAACACACCACCGGCCAGUCCUCGACCCAACACCCGCGCACCUAUGUCUUCUAUGCCCGUCUCAUCAAUGGAGAGCCGGUGCAGGUGAAGCUCAUCGACACGCCUGGAAUGGGUGACACCCGUGGCGUUGAGCAAGACAAGAAGAACAUGGACCUCAUCAUCAACUACCUCGCAAACUACCCUGCCAUCAACGGCAUCCUGAUGCUUAUGAAACCCAACAACAGCCGCCUCACCACCUGCACCCUCUACCGCCCAGGCGACACGAUGCCGGCCCUCAAGAGCCUUCUCGACGAGAUCAAGCGCGACUCGAGAGUCAGCAUUCCAAUCACCAACACGAACGUCUUCAUGGUCGACAAUGAGGCCUACCGUUUCCUGCUCGCUCGUGGAAAGGUCAGAUUCACACAAGAAGAGGUCGACGACUUUCGCUCCUCCUGGAUGCGCUCCUCGAAAACCUGCCGCAACAUGCUGAACACCAUCGCCGGCAUCCCGUGCCAGUCCACCGACAAAACCGUGAUUCUCUACGAGGUCCGCCAAGUCGUCCUGGAGCUGUGCAAGCCCCUGGCCGAAGUCGCCGCAAUGAUCAGCGCAAACAAGAAGGCCAUCAACGAUCAAAUCACUGCUCUGGAUUCAAACCAGCAGAGUAUCACCGAUCUGCAGAAAGCUUUGACCAUUACCAAAAAGGUUCCACACAGAAAGGAGCUCCCGUAUCCAAUGACUGUAUGCACUCACGAAGAUUGCGUCGAAUAUGUCCAAGGUGAAGAUGGCAUUGCUAUGCCAAACUAUGUCACAGAAUGUCAUGCCCAUUGCUAUCUGACCCAAAUCAAGGUCAAGGCCGUUGGUGAUCCACAGCUCGCCCAGUGUGCGGCCAUGGAAAACAACGUGUGCAUAAAAUGUCAUCAUGAGUUUACAAUCCACAUGCAUAUCACCUACAAGCUGGAGGAACAGUCAGUCCAGGUUAUCAACCAGAGCUAUCAGCAGCAAAUCGCAUCUGAACAGGACAAUGGCAGGAAAAUGCAAAUGACGCUCAGUGCCCUCCGCAGCACCGUCCGGGAACUCGAGGACGAGGAGAAGAAGAUCAUGUCGAUCAGCGCCCGGUUUGCAGUGUUUGUCAAGGAGAACGGCAUUGUCCUCUACAACGAUGCCCUGCUGGACUACAUUGAUCACCUGAUCAAGGACGCAAGAGAUGCUGGAGCCAAGAUCCCCGGGGCCGGGGCCAUCCAGCAAACCCGAAUCGACAGCCUCGAAAAGCUCAAGCUUGUGUACGAGAGUGAAAAG